GCAUUGAAUAACAUAAAGGAUAGUCGGCGUGCACAUUUGCCAAAAUCGAGGUGCGAAUCCUAGAAUUUGUCCAGAAAAUACGGUCGUUGUCUUGACCUACUGCAGAUUACUAAUAAUGGCUGUACCUCUGGCUGGCACCAGCAUUGAACAAAUUUCCUCCAGUAUAAACACAGGAAGAAAUGGCAGCAUUCAAAUUAACAAUCAAAGUGCAAUUUAUACCUUAAAACACCCAAGGGUCUUCACCUCCAGUGGAUAUCCUCUCAGUCCUCCACCACCAACAAUUGCAAGAAACAGCAUCGGAGCAUGCACCUUUACCAAAACCUCAAGUUCAUUCCGGGGUUCUGUGGGGGUCCUGACUUACCAAAUCCUCGACAUUGAGGCGCACACUCCUGGAAAACUCGUUAUAAUGUUCUCUGUACCUUUUGACUAUAAUAUGUAUGAAAACUGGUUUGCCCUUGGCAUUUUUGAAGAAAAUAUAACAUGUGAUCAGGAUCUAUUCCGACAAAUGUAUUAUGAGAAGGGCUCAUUUACCCGAAGCAAGGGUACAGGGAAUGAGAUCAGUUAUUCCCAAAAAAACCUGCAAGUGAAAGGAACAAUGUCUCCUGCAGGCAAAUCUAUUAUGAAGGUUGAAUUUGAGGACCAGUAGUCUAGCGACCUUAUACCAAAACCUAAGAGGCAAACAGACAGCCACAUACAAACAGACUGUCAAACUAGUAUGUGGACAAACUUGGCAACUGUUACCAUGAUGUGCAAACAAUUCCUUAUUUAUCCAGUUAAUCAUUAAUUAUGUAAAUUAUUUUUUGUAUGUUAGACAAAUUUACUUUUUAUUUAAUUUUCCAACAAACUCUUAUUCCAGUCACUUAAUAAAUUGCAACCGCUCCUCGGUGGGUCAGAAAUGUGA